AUGCGAACUUAUACAAAGUUUGGUGGCAGCAAGCGAAAGUCGUUUACAGUAUUCAAGUUCACAGCCCUCCAGUUCUCUGGUCGAUCCAACAGCGCUUCUUCGUCGAAUAACAACAAUACUUGUUACUCUGUCAAAAAGACCCCUGAUACAUGCGAUGAAAAUUUGGCCAAAAGUCACUCCUCAUAUUGUUCAGGUCGCUUUUUAGCUUUAUUCUAG